UUGCUUGGCCCGGGCGCUUCCUUUCACUCUCUCUUGCCCCCAAGGCGGCGCCGCUGAAAGGGCUCCGCAGAGGGCUUCGCGGCGCGCACACAAAGGGCGCUUGGGAGGCGCGGCGGGAGCCGACAGCGGGGGGCUGACGGGUCCCGCGCGGCCCCAGCCGACCCCAGAGGCCAGCUCUUCCUGGUCGAGAGCCAAGCGCCGGGGCGGCCGCUGUGGAGGGCGGGGAGCAGGGAGCCUGUCCUUUGGGAGGCGGCUGCCCGGGGGGCAGUUGGGGCGCGCGUGGGAAACGCUCGCCGUAGAGUUGGGGAGGAAUUGAGGCUGAAGCCGAGGAAGGAGGAGCUGGAGCGGAGAGUGCGAGGCGGGCGGAUCUUCCCUGAGCCUGAGUUGGUGAGAAGCCCGGCGCGGGCAACGCUCCUGCACGCGGACUCAGGCUGACUCCAGGACGCGCCUCUUUGGACAAGGGUCCCGAACCCGCUGCCGCCGUCUCCAGGCAGCGGCCGUGGGGCAGCUGGCGCUGGCUGCCUUGGCCGCCAGGAAAGCGCACUGAAGGCGGUGAUGGUGGAGCGGCCGGCAGGGGCACGGCGCUGGGCUCCCCCCCGCCGGCGCUCGGUCUGCGCUGUGCCGGGCGCUCCCCGCCAGGGGGCGACGCAGCGCGGGGCGAGCGGGCGGCGGCGGGCGGCGGCGCGGUGGCGGGGUCGGUAAGGGAGUAGCAGGCUUCGAGUCACCGCCUCACCUGGGCACGUCGUCGCCCCCCGGCGCCUCCUGGAGUCCAGAGUCUGCGGAGGCCGCAUGGUCUGCACUUCGAACUUCUCAUGUUUGCUAUGUUGCCCUUUGGAGACAAAACAAGUCUUCCUUCAAAAUCCUAAAUCUGGAGCAACCGGAGGAUAAACCCUGAAAAGAAAGUGAUUGCUUUUCGAAGGACACUUUUCUGCGAGUUUGGGAGAAAUGGUCAAUGCCUGGUUCGCUGAGAGAGUCCACACCAUCCCUGUGUGCAAGGAAGGCAUCAGAGGCCACACAGAAUCUUGCUCUUGCCCCUCGCAGCAGAGUCCCCGGGCAGAUAGCAGUGCGCCUGGAACACCAACCAGGAAAAUCUCUGCCUCCGAAUUUGACCGGCCUCUUAGACCCAUUGUUGUCAAGGAUUCUGAGGGCACUGUGAGCUUCCUCGCUGACUCAGAAAAGAAGGAACAGAUGCCUCUAACCCCCCGAAGGUUUGAUAAUGAUGAAGGGGACCAGUGCUCGAGACUCUUGGAAUUAGUGAAAGAUAUUUCUAGUCAUUUGGAUGUCACAGCCUUAUGUCACAAAAUUUUCUUGCAUAUUCAUGGACUUAUCUCUGCCGAUCGCUAUUCGCUGUUUCUGGUCUGUGAGGACAGCUCCAAUGAUAAGUUUCUUAUCAGCCGCCUGUUUGAUGUUGCAGAAGGUUCAACACUGGAGGAAGCUUCAAAUAACUGUAUCCGCUUAGAAUGGAACAAAGGCAUUGUGGGGCAUGUGGCAGCACUUGGUGAGCCCUUGAACAUCAAAGAUGCUUAUGAGGAUCCUCGGUUCAAUGCAGAAGUUGACCAAAUUACAGGCUACAAGACACAGAGUAUUCUUUGUAUGCCAAUUAAGAAUCACAGGGAAGAGGUUGUUGGUGUAGCCCAGGCCAUCAACAAGAAAUCGGGAAAUGGUGGGACAUUCACUGAAAAAGAUGAAAAGGACUUUGCUGCUUACUUGGCGUUUUGUGGUAUUGUUCUUCAUAACGCUCAACUCUAUGAGACGUCACUGCUGGAGAACAAGAGAAAUCAGGUGCUGCUUGACCUUGCUAGCUUAAUUUUUGAAGAACAACAAUCAUUAGAAGUAAUUCUAAAGAAGAUAGCUGCCACUAUUAUCUCUUUCAUGCAGGUGCAGAAAUGCACCAUUUUCAUAGUGGAUGAAGAUUGCUCCGAUUCUUUUUCUAGUGUGUUUCACAUGGAGUGUGAGGAAUUAGAAAAAUCGCCAGAUACUUUAACAAGGGAACGUGAUGCAAACAGAAUCAACUACAUGUAUGCUCAGUAUGUCAAAAAUACUAUGGAACCACUUAACAUCCCAGAUGUCAGUAAGGACAAAAGAUUUCCCUGGACAAAUGAAAACACAGGAAAUGUCAACCAGCAAUGCAUUAGAAGUUUGCUUUGUACACCUAUAAAAAAUGGAAAGAAGAAUAAAGUUAUAGGGGUUUGUCAACUUGUUAAUAAGAUGGAGGAGAAUACUGGCAAGGUUAAGCCUUUCAACCGAAAUGACGAACAGUUUCUGGAGGCUUUUGUCAUCUUUUGUGGCUUGGGGAUCCAGAACACACAGAUGUAUGAAGCAGUGGAGAGAGCCAUGGCCAAGCAAAUGGUCACACUGGAGGUUCUGUCGUAUCAUGCUUCAGCAGCAGAGGAGGAAACAAGAGAGCUCCAGUCCUUAGCGGCCGCUGUGGUACCAUCUGCUCAGACGCUUAAAAUCACCGACUUCGGCUUCAGUGACUUCGAGCUGUCUGACCUAGAAACGGCGCUGUGCACAAUUCGGAUGUUCACUGACCUCAACCUUGUGCAGAACUUCCAGAUGAAACACGAGGUUCUUUGCAGGUGGAUUUUAAGCGUUAAGAAGAAUUAUCGGAAGAAUGUUGCCUAUCAUAAUUGGAGACACGCCUUUAAUACAGCUCAGUGCAUGUUUGCUGCUCUAAAAGCAGGCAAGAUUCAGAGCAGACUCACCGACCUGGAGAUCCUUGCCCUGCUGAUUGCUGCACUGAGCCACGACUUGGACCACCGCGGUGUGAAUAACUCCUACAUCCAGCGAAGUGAACACCCACUUGCUCAGCUCUACUGCCAUUCAAUCAUGGAGCAUCACCAUUUUGACCAGUGCCUGAUGAUCCUUAAUAGUCCAGGCAAUCAGAUUCUCAGCGGCCUCUCCAUUGAAGAAUAUAAGACCACGUUGAAAAUGAUCAAGCAAGCUAUUUUAGCUACAGACCUAGCACUGUACAUUAAGAGACGAGGAGAAUUUUUUGAACUUAUAAGAAAAAAUCAAUUCAACUUGGAAGAUCCUCAUCAAAAAGAGUUGUUUUUAGCGAUGCUGAUGACAGCUUGUGAUCUCUCUGCCAUUACCAAACCCUGGCCUAUUCAACAACGGAUAGCAGAACUUGUAGCAACUGAAUUUUUUGACCAAGGAGACAGAGAGAGAAAAGAACUCAACAUAGAGCCUGCUGAUCUAAUGAACAGGGAGAAGAAAAACAAAAUCCCAAGUAUGCAAGUUGGGUUCAUAGAUGCCAUCUGCUUGCAACUAUAUGAGGCCCUGACGCAUGUAUCAGAGGACUGUUUCCCUUUGCUGGACGGCUGCAGAAAGAACAGGCAAAAAUGGCAGGCUCUUGCAGACCAGCAGGAGAAAACGCUGAUUAAUGGGGAGAGCAGCCAGGCCAAGCGGAACUGA